AAAUCAUCGUUCGUUACUGGCCGCGGAGAGUAUGCACGCCCGGCGCAUACAACAUUGCAUCUAGACUCGAGAUUCAUAGGGGAAGGGAUGGAGGAUGCAUUGAAGCUACAGGGGUACCUGAUGAAGGAGAAAUCUAAGCUCAGUCGGCUCCACGGCCUGACAGGGGAUAUCAACAAGCGAUACUUCAAAAUCCAGAGCAUCGAGGGAAGCGAAGAGCUGGCGCUUUGCUACUACAAGAAGUUCAACGUCCCUGAGAUCCGUGGCUGGAUCUACCUGAAGGAUGUAACCGAGAUAGCGGAAGACCAGGACACCAUAAUUGUUACCUCCGCGGCACGUACGCUCCACCUGUAUGCACAGACAAGGGCCCAGCACAACCUGUGGGUGACGGGGCUGGCCAAGCUGUGCCCACACGCAUUCGCGAUUCUCGGACGCAACGCAUCGGUCCGGAGGAUGGAGAAUGACCUUCGGAUGACCAGCCCAACCGACACCUCGCUUACUCCAGCUGUAGUAGACAAGUCAUUUGCGAAAGAUCGCGACAAGCCAGUGAUCGACCCGCAAGAAAACCACAGCGUGGACGGCGUAGAAAGUAGUCCCUCGACCAACGAGAGCGAUUCACAGUCAGAGUAUUUCCAAACAGCUCGUGGACACGAUAUAAAAAGAGAUCGCAACGGGAGACACCGCGGCCAGAGCGCUGGGGAUCAUGGAGCGCCUGAAGAGCCCCACGCAUCGUGGAGCACACCACGUAGAGAUUCACGCAACGUGGCGAGAAAACAACGCCAUCGAGGCGACGCUGAACGUGGCCGAAGGGGUGGUAAUGAACGUGUCUCGAAGGGUCCAUGCCAUCGGCGUCGUGAGGAUUAUGAAGACAGAAGAUUGGUACGCUCAAGUGGCAGGCUCGUCCACCGUGGAAACACCUGCGACAAGGGAAGUACCCGGCGCAGAAAGCAGGGACAACGUUCGAGGGGAAGUGGAGGCGAGAGUGUCGCAAAGGCGAGCAGUCAUGACGAGGAAGAAAGCAGCGAUACGUCUGCCAGCCCCACGAGGAACUGCAGGAAUGCUGGUGACACAAGAGACGACCGCGACGCGGGUGCUACGUCAAAGUCAUGUUUCACGGGCCUCCCGUCGAGUGCCAGCGACGAAGAUGGCCAUGAAGACGUCGCAGACGAAAGAGACUUAGGACCGUGUGGACAAUACGCGGGUCGUCUAGACGAGGGCCUAAAUCCCACGAGUGUUGGGGAGAAAGGCAGCACUGUCAGUUCCGACAUGGUCGUCGUACGGCCACCAGAGUCACAGGAUGACGAGAUGACGAAGAAAUCGAGAGCCUACUACUCGUCCGACAACGAAAACGUGGAAACCAUUGAGCUUGACGAAGGCGAAAGCCCAGUCGUUGCGCACAUCGUACAAGUGCGACAACCCGAAGACAACCCUGCGCCUGCGAGCGUGCCCAGAAAGAGUAACCAGGACGAAGAGAAGGAAGAGGUCGACGAGGAAGCGGACAUUGACCUAGCAGUCCCGCGCCUCAAAAUCGGAGAUUGGGAGGGUCCUCACCAGGGGCAGUCGGCAACGUCUCGACUUCACCGACACAUUUCUCGGCGUGACACGGAGGCCGUGGGUUUCAGUGGCGGUGUCCCUCCGCCGAAAGAGUUCCUGACACACAAGUUAGCUGAAUCCCCGAGCACUACAGAUUGCGAGCGGAAUACUGGUGGUUCGGAUGGCCUUCCGAAGCCAACGACGAAUGGUCGAAGGAGGAGCGCGGCGGAUCUGGAGUGGAACGAUGGCGGAGAAACGCCAGAUGUGAGGCCCCGGUCACUGAUCACCUGCACCACCAGGUUUAGAAUGCCAUGUGUUUUCGCGCAAGGCGGGCUGCUUGGUACUCUCGUUUCAGCUGUAGUCUAACGAAUCCGCGGGGACGAAGCCUCUGAUAACCCGUCCUUUGCACGAAAUGCCCACCCCGGUCGUCAUCCACGCAUGCUCACCAGCGACCGCGAUGUACCGAGGCAACACUGACGCACUCAGGGAAUUCCAGACCGGUUGCAUUAGAUUUCGAGGACCACGGGGGAAACAACUUGAACCUCGAGGUAGAGAAACAACGCAGGCGGGCCGCCGCCGCCGUCCUAGCGUUGGAGACCGCGGCGAAAGAGGCUGACGAGGAGGCGCAAGUGGAGAGUGAGUGUCUAGACGACUGCAAGCGAGAUAGCAGCGGAGGCGCGCGGGGGGUUGUUGCGAAAGCGUACCCUUCGCCGGCAGGGCCUCCCCCGGCAGAAUUGCUGCGGAAAUCUCGCCGGGGACGCGGCGCACCUCCUCCCGGGUAAGAGCAACGGAAAAUACAGAGAAUGAUUCAACAAGAAUCACCAUGGUGUUGUGUCCGUUGUGUUGCUAUUCGUAAUCGGGUGGCCUUGUUGUAGGCUAUUGGGGACCGGUUAGAGGGGCGUGUACUGUUGUAUCUGAGGCCAAUGCAUCGCUUGGUUGCUUUCGCCAGUUGGCGGCGUGAAGGUCCCGGUCCAACUACGUCGAAAGACGAAAGGC